GUGGGGAAUAUUCUUGCUGAGCAUAAAACAAAUCUCCGUCUACUCUAUUCUCUCCCCCCUGAGUCCACAACACAGACUUACGGAGGCCAGAUAAAAAACAAGGACAGACCCGGUGGUUUAUUGUCGCCGGCAAUUCUAAAUACCGAACUGGACGAAGGAUUAAAUUGAGAGAAUAAAAUGGGUGGUGGAGAUCUGAAAUACGAGGUGUCACAGAACGCUUACAUAAAGCUGGUGCUUCACUCCCUCAAGCACAAGUCCUCCGCCGUUAACGGGGUUUUACUCGGUCGAUCUAGUGACGACGUCGUGGAGAUCACCGAUUCCGUCCCUCUUUUUCACAACCACCUCGGGCUUCUGCCUCCUCUCGAGAUCUCCCUUAUCAUGAUAGAGGAGUAUUAUGGUGCUCAAGGAUUGGGUAUAGUGGGUUACUUUCAUGCAAAUGAGAGGUUUGAUGACGCGGAGCUUGGUAAUGUGGCCAAGAAUAUUGGGGAUCACAUUUACCGCUACUUUCCUCAAGCUGCCAUUCUCUUGUUAGAUAACAAAAAGCUUGAAGCACUACCCAAUGGGAAAGACCGGAGCCCUGUUCUGCAGCUUUAUACGAGGGAUGCAUCAAAGAACUGGAAGCUAGCUGGACCGGAUGGGGGUAAUAGAUUGAUACUGAAGGAACCAGCAGCAAAUAUUGUAUUGUUGGAUUUUAUUUCAUCCAAGAAAUGGCAGGAUGUGGUAGAUUUUGACGAUCACCUUGAUGAUAUUACCAAGGACUGGCUGAAUCCAGAACUCUUCAAGUAGUGUUUGCCUGAGAUGUUGAUUUAUAGUGGAGCAGACAUGGUUAGAAUUACAAUGACAUGGAUAGGCAAAAAGGCUCUGUUUUCUUGUUCAGGAGUAAAUUUUGUAGCAUGUAUCAACUGAAUUAAGUUUUGAAGUCUCUCGACAAAUAACUCUUUGUCUUCUUGAUGGCGAUAGCCUUGUUGAAGCUAUGGAUUUAAAAUUAAUACUUGACAUGUUUAGAAUUAAUAGUUUCCAGGACUUGUGAACAUGGAUGCAUGUUGUGUUCAGAAGAUUAAUUUGACGAUAGGGGAAAGUUUAAUUCUUAGUUUAAUACCUAUGAUAGAUCACAGGACUAUUUUGCCGAA